AUGCCACAACUCUUCCGCCAAGCGCGGGAUGGGGAUUACCAGCCUGACCAGGAGGCCACGUCCUAUUUGAGCAGAAGCGCAUUAAACAAGUACGUCGCGUGCAGACCCUGCUCCGCACUACCCAGGCGUUCACCCGUGGCGGUCGCUCGCCUGACCUCAGCCAACAAACCGAGCUUGACCAGCAAUGGCGUGCCAUACUCAGAGGCAAGGGGUAGGUAUGGUAUGCCUUUCGGCCAUUGGUUACUGGGGAUUGCUAUCUUCCCGCUUGUCCCCGUUAGCCCACCAAGCCAGGAGUGGCUCACCACCUGCCUUGCAUACCUGCAGCAUGACUGCAGGGCCCUUGUGCGUCAGGAGGCUAAACGCAGGCAUGACUUGUUCAAGUACCGGCUGGAAAUGGAUAGGAAGCACGGUUCCUCCACCCAGGGGUUCGCGGCCAUGCGACCGGACCAACAUCCCCCAAUCACGUGCGUCCAAGCCCCCAUUGCCUGCAAAGCUGUCUUUCACCGGCAGAUAGGACCGCAGACGUACCGCUACAAGCUGGACGCUGGGGUGCACCUUGAGCCUUGGCAGGAUUUUCUAGUCUACAAUCAGCGCUGCGCUGGCAGGGCCCAACAGGACGGCUUUGUCGACUUUGAGCUGAUUGAGCGCUUUGGGCCUGCCCUCCCUGCCAUUGACGUGCGUCUUGAUCGGGUCGAGUUGUGGCAGGAGGUCCUCCGUGACAUGCCGGCCCGUAAGGCUACCGGCAUCUGUGGCUGGGCGCCGGCUGAGCUUAAACAGCUUCCAACACCUGCCAUUGCGGCCCUUACCAAGGUGUUUGCCGCGGCCGUGCGUUGCGGCAUGCCUGCGCAUCUCAUGCAAGCUAGGGUGUGCGUCCUUGCCAAGGUCCAGGCACCCACCUCUAUGCGACAGAGCCGACCCAUACUUGUCCUGAGCACGCUCUAUAGACUGUGGUCUUCAGUCCUCACACGUCAGGUCUUGUCUGAGUACGGUCGCCGCUUCUCCAGGGCAGUUAUGGGUUCACUGCCAGGGCGCUCCGCCCCUGACCUCUACAUCCGCCAGCAACACGCCAUCGAGGUUGCCAAGAUGAGCAAUGAACCACUCCUUGGCGCCAGCAUAGACAUUGUGAAGUGUUUCAACCAACUCCCGUGGCCGCCUCUAAGAUUCCUGCUGUGUCAUACCGGCUGCCCUGCCCACCUUGUUGACUUCUGGCAGGAUUGCUUGCGCCGCCUCAGCCGCCACCCUGCCCUGGGUGGUACUUUGGGGCCUGGUGUGCACUCUUGUAAUGGUGCCCCGGAAGGUGACCCCUUCUCUGUGGCUGCCAUGGCAGCAGUUUGCCAUGCGGUUGAUUGCCUCCUCGGUACCGUUGCCGCCCACAUCCACACAUACGUUGACAACUGGUCCUGGCAUGCCUCCACGCCGGAUGCCUUCAGUAUUGCCACACAAGAGGUCCUGGCUUUCUUGACAGCAGUGAAACUUCCUGUCGAUUGGGUCAAAUCCUACGGGUGGGCCACCAAGGGGUCCCUCUGUACCUGGCUGACUACCACAUGGCAGGCAUGUUUCCCUGAGGGUGUUGAGGUGCGACGUGACAAGAAGGAGGCUGGCAUGGCGCGUCUGCGCCGGCUUGAAAAGCAGGAGCGGCCUCUGCUGAACAAGGCCCACUUGAUCCAGACGAGCGUCUGGCCGUCUUGCAUGUUCGGCACCGAGGGCGCCUGCUUCAGCAAGAAGGACUUCGCUGACCUGCGAGGCCUGGCCGCCGCUGCACUCGUUGGGCCCUGCCGUGCGAAGUCCCCUUACCUAGCCCUGACGUGCCUUCAUGACGCACUGCAGGACCCGGAGCACUACGCGCUUGAGCAACAAGUUCAGGCCCUACGCCGGCUGAUGCAGGUUGAUACGAGUACUGCCACUUCCAUGCUUGCUGUCGCAACUGGAACAGAGCCCGCCCAGGUCUCUGUUCAAGGGCCAGCCACUGCCUUGGUCCGCGCACUUGCGGCCGUUAACCUACGCAUAGACCUUGACGGAGUCAUCAAGUGUCCGGACAACACCAGGAUACGGCUCUGGACAGCCAACCGGUAUGAGGUCCGCCAGGGACUUGCCCGUGCCUGGAACCACCACGCUGAGCACCAGGUAGCUCACCGCAAGGGUCUGCAUGCUGCCGGCACACCCAUGCCCACCGAAACUGCGGCCAUUCUUCGCCGCUUCACCGCCACGGAGGUCUCCGUUGUGUCCAAGUACAUCACCGGGGCCUUUUACUCAGGCAUGACCAAACAAAAGUGGGACCCAGCCAAUCCUGUACGGGAGCCCUGGCUGCCAUGGAUUCACCCGAUCCUGGAAGAGUGGCCCCACUGGACACAUGGACCAUACGCCGUCCAGCCCCCUUCGGUUGAGGUUCCUAGGUUAGUCUUUGCCACCCGUAAGUUGGUUCCCCCACAAAAUGCACCUGCCCUUGCCUCCGUGCAACGCCUACCUACUUUGCGGCUCUUCACCGAUGGCUCCUGCAGGCACCCAACCACCCCUAUCGCGAGCCAUGCUGGCUAUGGGGUUGUCAUGGACACGGCCCAGGGUGAGCAUGACCAAAGACACCGCAUUGAAGCUUGGAGGGUAGGAGCACCUGUCCUUAGCCUUUUCUCGGUUGUUGAUAGGGGUUUAGUGCCAGGGGUUCAGACCAUCACCCGUGCUGAGUUGUGCGCCCUCGUACAAGCGCUGCGCUUUGCCCGCGUGAGUGGCCACGCAGACGUGCACAUUUUCACUGAUAGUCAGGUUGCCCUUAGUGAGGUCCGUAGGGUUGUAGCAGGGGGUAGCCCACACUUUCCUGAGUUCGCUGAGGCCAUUUCUGAAGCAUGGUCCCUGGCUGUGACACUCCGCAAAAUUAAGGCCCACCGGGAUCUUGAUAGCUUGCAGGGUCAGGAACUGUGGGAUGCGUUGGGCAAUGCAAGCGCGGAUGCUGCAGCAAAAGCUGCAGUUCGAGCCGACAUGCAGCUUGUCAGCACCAUGGUGGACCAAGUUGCUGAGUGGGUCACCCGACAGCGUGAUGCGUUGCUCCUGUACUACCGCUUCGUGCUGGCCAUAUCUGGCGAGGACAACAGGCUGCGGACGCAGGCUGGUCAGCGUGCCCAGUCACUAGAGCCGGUCCUUGACACUGAGGUCCCGACAGAGACAACGCGACAGUGGGAGGAAUGGAAGGCCCUAGGACGUGACCACAGCAUCCGUUGGGGAGUGCCGCCUUUUCAGCGUGACUGGCUCCUGUGUCAAGAAUGGCCACCGUGGUUUACAGUUCCUGUUUGGGAGUGGCUUCGAAAACUCCGUUGGGCAAAUGCCGCGCAGGGAACCCUGACCACUGGAAUCACCUACACAGAGCUGCUGGUGCAUUUUGUCUGCAGUACAGGUCAGUGUCCGCCUGUGCGGACCCAGGCCGUCGACGGUCCCAAGUACAUGGACGCCAGCACUGGUGGCAUGCUGGUGCACAACACGCCUCUGCGGGAAUGGACGUUGGCAUUGGUGACAUGCUGCCGCUGUUUGGAGCGCGUCUCCGGACAGCGCCUACUGCCACAUAAGCGUCGAAAAGUGUACUCGCUUCGCCUCGUUGGUAUCCCCCAGCCGCGUAGUGGACUGCAACAACGACCCUGCACUGACGUGGUGCCAGACAUGGCAGAGCUGCUCCGACAAGUGCUGAUGGGCCACAGCGUAGGUCCACUAGUCAGUUAUUGCAUAUCUUAUACGGGCCCCAUUUUCGUGCCCCCUAGAGACCUGAGCAAUGCUUGGAAUGAGUCGAGUUCUCAAACGAGACACGACAUGGGCAGGUGGCUCCGUAGAAUUCGAGGCUAA